AGAUCAUAAGUGGUCCAUAUAAUUGAUUCAAAACUUGCUGGUUAUUUUUCUUAGCAUCUAAGUGAAUUGAAUUUCAGUUUUAUUCCACUCUAUUAACGAAGUUGACAAACUUUCUCCUUUACCUGUAUUUGUUGCAUUCAUUUUUUUUUUUGUUUUACCAGGUAGAGCUCUGGAGGAACUAAGAGGUUCUCUGUACAAUGAUCUACGUACGUCUUCAGAAACCGCCAAGCGGCAACAGCAGCGGUUCUGUGGUCCUGCCGUGGCCAUGUCUUUCAAUUUCAUGGUUGCCGUUGGGAUUAUACUCACCAACAAAUUGGUGAUGGGAAAAGUGGGAUUCAAUUACCCAAUAUUCCUAACACUAAUCCACUACACAGUAGCAUGGAUUAUGAUGGCCUUGUUCAAAGCAUUAUCUUGGCUCCCAGCCUCACCGCCUUCGAAAUCAACACCUUUUUCUUCUCUGUUUUCUCUGGGAAUUGUCAUGGCUCUUUCCAAUGGCCUUGCCAACACUAGCCUCCAGCAUAACAGUGUUGGAUUUUAUCAGAUGGCAAAGAUUGCUGUAACUCCAACAAUUGUUCUCAUAGAAUUUGUCUUUUUCCGGAAGACCAUAUCUUAUAACAAGGUCAUGGCUUUGGCUAUAGUUUCAUUAGGUAUAUCUGUUGCAACAGUGACAGAUCUUGAGUUCAAUGUAUUUGGUGCUUGUGUCGCGGUUGCUUGGAUACUUCCCAGUGCAGUGAACAAGAUUCUGUGGUCUAAUCUGCAACAGCAGAGCAACUGGACUGCUCUAGCAUUGAUGUGGAAGACAACUCCUGUCACAAUAUUCUUCUUAGUAGCUUUGAUGCCAUGGCUUGAUCCUCCUGGAGUUUUGUCCUUCGAUUGGAAUGUCAGUAACUCAUCAGCAGUUGUGUUGUCUGCUGUUCUUGGCUUUCUGCUACAAUGGUCUGGAGCUUUAGCACUCGGGGCAACAUCAGCAACAUCUCAUGUAGUUUUGGGACAAUUCAAGACCUGUGUCAUCCUACUAGGAGGCUAUCUAUUGUUCAAUUCAGAUCCAGGACCUACGAGUCUUUGUGGAGCAGUGGCAGCGUUGGGUGGCAUGUCAGUUUAUACAUCACUUAGCCUUAAUGAAUCCGUUGAAAGUGUUGUGAAGCAGAUUCCGAGCUUGAAUCAACUUGCAAAACCUAAAUCAGACAUUGAAGAAGAUGAGGAGAAAGCAAGUGUGAUAAGCGUCUCAAGUACCGAGUGAUUAAGUAGUAGUGACAGUUUACAAAGAAUGUAAUGUAGGUGAGUGUCUAAGGGGCAAAGGAGGAGAAAGUAAGAGAGUGGCUUAUUUUAGCUUUGAUAAUGCAUGUUGUACAGAAGAAAUGAAUAUAGGAUUAUUAUGAGUUCAAACAGUAGUCAACUUUUUCAUUUCUACUGAUCAUGCUUUAACAAUACAAAACAUGGGUUAAUAACAAGAAUACUUGCAGUCCA